AUGCAAAGGGAAAGAGAGGGUGUUAUGAAAGGAAUCAUGGAAAGGGCGACAUUAGGGGUUCGUAAAAGAAGAGGAAGGGUGACGAGAGAAGUGGAGAGGAAUCAUAGAGAAAGAGGAGGAUUGAAGGGAACUCUUUUUCUAAAGGAAGACGUGGGGGAUGGUCUAUUUCACCAUUGGAAUCGGACUAUCACAAUAGGAGCAAACACGAGUCUCGAUGACCAUCGUCUCAAUCAGAUAGAGAUUGCAAUGAGGCAUCUAAGGAUUAAAAGGAAUGAUGAUGAUGACAAUUAUGAUGAUUCCGUGGCUAAGAUGAAGGUCGCCGAGGAGGCUUUAGAAGCCAAGAAGAAGGAGAUAGAUCUUUAUCGUGUCUACCUAAUGACCUUAGUUAUGACAAUUAUCAUUACAACUUGCAGCAACAACCUUCUUUUGAGCUAUCCGGAAAGCUCGCCGUUGAAACCAAUAGAGUCGAGAAUAAUGGCUCUGCAAGGUAAGCUGGAGACGGUUGUGGAACUCAAAACUCCUGCUGCGAAGUUGUACAACUUAUGGAAGAACCAAGCCCACCAGGUUUCCAAGCAUACUCCUAAUAAUGUACAAGCAGUUAAUGUACAUCAUGGUGACUGGGAGACUGAUGGCUCCAUCAAGGUUUGGAACUACACUAUAGAAGGGAAAGCUGAGAUGUGCAAAGAGAAAGUGGAAUAUGAUGAUGCCAACAAAAAAAUAACUCAUUAUGGUCUGGAAGGGGAUGUCAUGAACUUUUACAAGGUCUUUAAUAUCUCCUAUCAGUUCAUAUCCAAGGGCUCGGGCAGCUCGGCAAAAUUAAGCGUUGAAUAUGAGAAACUGAAUGGGAGCAUCCCAGUCCCCGAAAAAUACCUGGAUUUGAUGGUAUAUAUUAUUAAGGACAUUGAUGCAGGCCUUGUAUGA